AUGGGACCACUUUCAUUUACCCUGGUACUCACCCUGGUACUCACCCUGGCCAGCCUGGGCUGCACGGGAUUCCGACAGCGCAGCCAGCACAGGAUGAAACAUGGGUACAGUGUAGCUGGACACCAUCCUUACAGGUACCCACUGUACAUGAUGCAGCUCUAUAGAGACUUCAAAUCAGUGGGCAUGACCAGGACAGCAGCCGGUGCCAACCCUGAUGCCAACCCGGCAUUGCACCAGUCAGACUCUGUGCUGAGUCUGGUCGCUAAAGAUGGCUAUCAGGUCGGUGAGAGGUGGACUUUCACUUUCGACAUGUCUUCGCUUUUCGGCGCUGAAGGAAUCAGGCUUUCCGAGCUCCGCCUGCGACUACCUGGCUUUUCAGCCUCCACCGGGACUGUCGUCGAGAUCUAUCAUGCCCAGAACUCGGCAGACAAGCGAGUCUUCAUCGGGAGCGUCAAAGCGACUCCUGGAACGGUCUUCAACAUAACCAGUCUGCUCACGCACUGGCUGCACCAAGCAGGCGAGAACCAGUGGCUCGCAAACGAAGACUCAUCAGGAGAAGAGGGCAGCGGGAGCGACGGGUACGAACCAUCAAAAAUCUACCACGUGACCUCAGAUCAGGUCAUGAUCGUGGUUUUUUUGAAGAAUGUGGCCACCCAGGGUCACCAAAGCAGCCCGUCUUUGAUGCAGACAGUAGCGGAGUCCAAAUACGUCGUCCUGGACAGACCGGCGAUCCAAAGUCGCAGGAGUAAAAGGAACCGGAUCACGGCGAGUCUGAUCCAGGAUGUUUCAGCUGAGAACUUCACCAUGGUCGGGUCGCCCGUGGAAUCCGCGGAGCAAAGGCCGCUGUGCAGGCGAGUGGACAUGUGGGUGGAUUUCGACCAGAUCGGGUGGAACGAGUGGAUCGUGCAUCCGAAGCGCUACAACGCAUACCGAUGCGAAGGGGAGUGUCCGAGUCCGCUGGACGAGUCUUAUAAACCCACCAAUCACGCAUACAUGCAGAGUCUCCUGAAGCUGUACCAUCCGGAGCGCGUCUCCUGCCCGUCGUGCGUCCCCACCCGGCUCAGUUCGCUCUCCAUGCUGUAUUACGAGGGCGACGACGUGGUGCUGCGUCACCACGAGGACAUGGUGGUAGAAGAAUGCGGUUGCCAAUAA